AGACAUUAAGAUCGACAUCCACCGCGUCCAACUUUGCGCAAUCUUUCAAACCAAACAAAACAAAACAGAAACAUGGCAACUCAACAACCAGACGAUCACAGUGACGGUCCUUGGAGCGACAAGAACAAGCGCAAGUUCCGAAAGUUGGUACUUUGAUUCCCAGCACGACGACUCUUGAGCCACCGCGACCCUUGAAACUGACUGGGCCUGCGGCCCUGCUCGCCGACCUUUCCACCGACAGCAAAGACCUCAGCGAAUUCUAUGACCCAUGCCAGGAAGCUGCCGCGAGAAGCAUACAAUGUUUGAACCGCAACGGCGGAGAUAGGACCAUGUGCCAGGAUUAUUUUGCUGCGUAUCGCGAAUGCAAGAAACAAUGGAUUGGCCGCAAACGCGAAGUUUACAGCAUCCCCAAAGACACCAAGUCUGGAGGUGAACAAGACCAAGGUCAACAAUGACUCGGCCCUCCGAGAAUAAACGACCUCAGCCGGCGAUUUACGUACUCCGUACACAUACGAUGCUACGAUGCCAGUCGAUACCAGCCUACAAUGGCGUUUUGCCACUAAUAACCUGGUCGCUACCUACCUUAGUCAGGGAUAAUUGUUUAGUUCAGCUACAGUAGUAUCUUAAUUUGUAGGCGGACCCCCCGUUCAUGUCCGUCUUUUUUCCGACUAGGGAUCCCAAAGCCAUACUAUAAAAUAUGAUGGAGAGUAAUGUACGAUUGUAUAUAACUAGGUACAUCAUCAUUAAAUAUGUUCGUUCAAUGACGCGCAAAAUUUCGG